AGAGAGUUGACAACGAUGCGCCGACCGUGGGAUAACACACACUGAAUAAUUUUAUCAGCGGAAUGAAUGUGAUUUGUUCCGUGCAUUCAGACUAUCACAUGCUGUAAUCUAAACUGUAGUGAGUUGUUUUUAUACCAACCGGAAGUCUGGUGAACUCCGUGUCAACAGGUGUUCAAAGUUUUGGAGUGUUGUAAUCUGCCAGAGUCGUCUAGACGUGUGACACGAGUCUGCAGGUGGCGAGGUGACCUGACCGGAAGCCGCCAUGACUGGAGAGUGUGAGAACACCGGAAGUGAGUGCACGGAGGACAGCAACACGGUGGCAGCUGCGUCAAAUGGGCUACCUUACCUCAUCCUCAUCAUCACUCUCGUGCUCUGCUCCAUCCUCCUCGCGACUAUCGCACUCAUCAUCAUCGUCGUCGUCACCAGGCACAGGCGAAAACGGCUGGACUCCCUGGAAGAGACGGCCAUCAGCUACGACGACCUGGCCAAGCCCGGCCUGACGGCCAUGGAGGUACAGCCUGACAUGAGGACCCUGGAGCCACGGGGCGACCCACGGGCAUACAUGCCUUACGCCCCUAUCCCUCCCCGCAGGUUCGGGCCCCAGGGCCCGUUCGACGACAAGCGGCGGCUCAUCCCCGUACCGGAGGAAGAGGGGAGCGCUGACGAGGGGAGGCAAUCCCAAGAGGACCUCUUCAACUUCCGCUCCUACGAAUACAACAGCGGUAACCUUGGCGACGCGGACGGGGAAGGCGAGGGCGACGGCGACUCGGAGAUUCAGCAAGGGGCGUCGGCGUCUUCCAUGCGGGCGUCGCGUCAGACUGGGUACAUCCGCGGCAAGCAGAGGGAGCACACCGGGACGUGAACGGAGGGGCGGAUAACCCGGAUGUUGAAGCAACAUACCUUGUUAUGUAGUCGUUACCUCCCCUUUGUUCAGUUAUGUUUAGUAGAUGGCGUGUAACUAAAGUUACGUUUUGUUUUUCAAUGUUACGUG